AUGAAAAAGUCUGAAACCUCUUCACCUUCUUCCCCAUUUCCGACACCUUCGAUCACGAUCGUUCUUUUUGGCUUAGCGUACGUCUGUACCCCUUCUUCCAGUUGGUAUUUUGAUCAAGAAUUCACUUUUUUCCUCAUACAAGCUUCACAAUCUCUCAGUUUCUUUUGGCUUAGAUUUCCCGAGUCUUUUUUUGGAUUCACUAAAGAUAUGGGAGCUCGUUCUUCAAAGAGUUCAAACACUAAAAAAGGGUCAUCACAUGCACAUGGACAUCAUGUUACGGGUAUACAACCACAUGAGUUGAAACAAUUACCUUUUCAAGGAGACAAGACUCCUUCAAGAAUGAGCACUGAUAAUUCCACUCUUGAAAACAAACAAACAAAAGAACCCGUUUCUACUCCCAAAACAAACGUGUCCGAAUAUAGUGCCAAUGAGGAUGACUUUUAUGAUGGAAUACCUCGCUUCCCCAUGACUUUAUCUGAAAAAUCAAAAUCAAGAAGUUUCAGGGUGAGUGCACGUAAAGCUGGUAGCUUAGGGAUAGAAAAAGCUGUUGGUGUAUUGGACACUCUUGGAAGCAGUGUCACAAAUUUAAAUUCCAGAAGUGCUUUCGUGAUGGGUCCCACAACAAAAGGCAAUGAACUAUCUAUAUUGUCAUUUGAGGUUGCCAAUACAAUCAUGAAGGGUUCGAGUCUUAUGAAUUUUCUCUCAAAUCAAAGUAUAAGACAUUUAAAAGAAGUAGUGUUUCUUUCUGAUGGGGUGCAAAAUUUAGUAUCUAAAGAUAUUGAUGAGCUUUUAAGAACAGUUGCUGCUGAUAAGAGGGAUGAGUUGAAAAUAUUUAGUGGAGAAGUGGUUCGUUUUGGAAAUCGAUGUAAAGAUCCUCAGUGGCAUAAUUUGGAUGUUUAUUUUGAGAAACAAAACAGGGGACUCACACGUGGUAAGCAAUUGAAAGGGGAUCCAGAAGUAGUGAUGGAGCAAUUGUUGACCUUGGUUCAACAUACAGCUGAUUUGUAUAGGGAGUUAAGUGUAUUGGACAAACUAGGGCAAGAAGAUCAACAGAAGCAUCAAGAAAGGGCUAAUUCUAGUCCAGUUUCAAAAGUGUCAUUUUCAGGUCAUGAGCUUAUGUUUCUUAAGCAAGAACUAAAAGACCAAAGGAAGCAAGUAAAACUUCUAAAGAAAAAGUCGCUUUGGUCUAGGAGUAUGGAAGAUAUUAUGGAAAAGCUUGCAGAUACUGUCAUCUAUCUAAAUAGGCAAAUCAAAAAUGUCUUCGAAUCCGCAUAUGAUGAUGUAUCAUUAAGCGGAUGUCCAAACAUGCAGCAUAAACUCGGGCCAGCUGGACUUGCAUUACAUUAUGCUAAUAUUGUCCUUCAAAUUGACUCGAUUGUUUCUAGAAGCAGCCCUAUGACUUCCAUUGCAAGAAGCACAUUAUACCAGAGUCUACCACCAGAUAUAGAAUUAUCUUUUCGAUCCAAAUUAGCUUCAUUUCGUGUUGGAAAAGAGUUUGAUCUUCAAGAUAUUAAAGCCGAAAUGGAAAAAACUCUCUGUUGGCUUUCUCCUGUGGCCAUAAACACAGCAAAGGCCCAUCAUGGUUUCGGUUGGGUUGGCGAGUGGGCAGACACCGGUCCGGGAGGAGGGCGUAAACCAAAUGGGCUAAAUGAUAUAAACCGGAUUGAAACAUUUAACCAUGCAAACAAAGGACAAACCGAGUUUUAUAUUGUUGAUAUGUUGUUGUGGCUCAACCAUUUGAUAAACCGAUCCAAGAUAACUGCAAAUGUGGAUGAAAUGCAGUCAAAUACAGAGUCCCCAAAAGAUCAAAAUCAGAAACCAUCACAAGAAGCUUCACAUGUCAUGCCUCUUUCAAGCUCAGAUGACCUUGUUUUAGAGCAAAAAGAUGCUACUAUUGUGAAGUGCAUAGAAGGAAGUGAAGAAAGUAAUAAUGGUCUUGUGGAUGUUGACUUUGAUUUGGGACAUGAGAAUGAAAUUUAGUUUGUAUGUGUAAAUAGACAGAAGGGUUUGUAUGCAUGAACCAUGAAGAUGAGCUUAUAAGGGGUUCCAUGAGCAUUCUAGUUAUGUUUGUUGUGGUUAGGGGGGAUGUUCAUGUAAUGGUGGAUAUGAAUAUGUAUGUCUUGUAAAAAAAGUUGUGUAAAGAGAAAAAAAGGUGAAAUUUAUCGCAA